CUGUGGAAACUGCAUGCUGCUUCACAUUCGUACAUUCCCAAAGCCACCUCACUUUCCAUUGGUUGCACCAUUUUUUUCCUUGUCUACCUGGUAGCCGCCCGACUAUGGCUCCAUUAAUUCUACACAAUGUGCCCGACGAAGAACUCUAUGUGGGCGACGACGGCAUUCAGAGACCCUACGCCAUGGUCUUUCCACAGCAAGACGGGUCCCUCCGAUCCAGGAAGAUGACCCACGAAACCGGCUCAUUCGGCAAGUCGACGCGCCGAACGAGAUCCAAGACGGCAACACCAGCAAGAAGAGAGGACCCAACGAUAGCAGCGGCAGACAAAGUCUUCAGCAGCUGGAUAGCUAGUCAAAACCAGAGUGCGGCACAGCCAAGCGCUCUGACGACAACACAACGGAGACCGACCCUCAUCUCUUCCACGUCUUCGCAGAACCUUACCCAGCCGCAAGACGAUGGGCCCCUCCCCGCUCCAACAAACCGGUUUGUCAAGCAACUCGAGCCUACCGAGGUAAUACUGCGCGGAUACCGCUCUGCACAGCAACAAUAUGCGGCUCUCAACCACUACGAGCAGCUCGCCGGCAGAAUAUGCGAAGACUACCCGCGCGAGCCUCCGGUAGAGAGCCGGCGUUACAAGUCCGAACUGCGCGACCCUGCCUUCACCCGUCGGCGCGUCCUAACCCCAGAGGAGCGCGCCAAGGUCAACAAGGCAGACAGCGGCGAGCACUGGGUGAAGGUGACGUUCGAGUCCGCCGAAGCGGCCGACGCCGCCAUCUUUGCCUCGCCGCAGAAGAUACUCGGCCACCUCGUCUACGCCGAGCCAUACCACGGUAUCCCCCCUUCGCGGGACGAAGCGAUCCCUGAUCCAUCCACUGGGCUCCAAGGCACACCGUCCCACAGGAAGCACUCUCGGACACAGUCCGGUGCAGGUAUGCAACAGCCCGGCGGCUUCGACUGGUCGCCUCCGCACUCGCUGACGUCGUCCUCGGCCACCGCGGAUACGAGGACCGUGGACUCAAGCGUGAACACCAACACAGGCUCUUCAAGCACAAUAAUAGGAGGAGCGCCCGGCGAAGGAAACGGGGCGGGUGUCGCGCCCACCGCACAAGAGAAACCUGACGACGAGUUCUGCAGGAUCAUCCCCACCGUGCGGAAGGCUAAGCUCCUACCCAUGGAACAGGCCCUGCUUCCUGCGCCGUCGUUCACGCAGCGCAUCGCCAACCACAUCCCGUUUCUCCGAUGGUUUAAUGGUGCCAUGAUCGGGAGCGAGGUGCCACGCACCGAGCUGGGCGAGUUUGACUGGAACAAGGCAAGCCUAUACUGGAAGCUCAUGUGGUGGCUGGACUUUUUGCUGGGCUUGUUCGGGGGAGAGAUUCGGGAUGCAGACAAAGAUGACUGAGAUAUGGAAUAGACUAUUUCUUGUCUUGCACGUAGUAACGAUGGCUUCCUCUUUUCGGGUGUCUCUUCAAGAAGCACGGCACAACUUGAUGAAAACAGGAUGGUCGCAGGCGUUUCACAGCAUUCCAAGGUGUACAUACCGGUGGAUGUUACAGUGGUUUAUUAUGUGCGGUAGCACCGUAGUGCUACAACUACACGAUUGGAUUACAACCAAGACCUGUCUCUAAUUCUUUCCAU